AUGCCGGUCGUCUUUGCCUCGCUGAUCACUCCGUACGCUUUCGCUGCCUCGCUGAUCACUCCUGUCGCUUUCGCUGCCUCGCUGAUCACGCCGACUCUUACCACGCCGCCUCCGCGACACUGCCAGCCAGGACGCUCCCCACCGGCUAUCCUCUCGCUCGACUCCGGCUUUCGCUUCUGCCCGGAUCCGGCGGAGCGUGCCGCUCCGCUGGCUGAGAUUGCCGAGUUUGAGGCGCUAGCACUCGCGCUUCCUCGUUUUUACCACGGGCAGGAGCCGCCGCAGCAGUACAAGAGAACGCUGCUGGCCGCCGCUGAUGCUGUCGCCACCCGUGCAGGAGGUCCAGAGCGUGUAGCGGCCACUAUGACCGAGGCGCAGCUCCAGCGAGCCUUUGUGGUGCUCUCGUUUCUCGUCCAUUACUACGUCUGGUGCGAAGACGGCGCGGCAGAGCAGGUGCUUCCGCGCACGAUUGCCACGCCGUACUGGCACGUCGCCAAGGCGCUUGGCUGCGAGCCAGUCUACACUGACGCAGUCAUCAUGUGGAAUAUGGUUGGAGCUGGCGGCGACAGCACGGCCGACCCAGACCUGAUCCAUCUCGAGUUCUCGUGGACGCAGACGGAGAGCGAGCGCUGGUUCAGCGUCAUCCAGGGAGCCGUCCUCCGGCUGCUCGAUCCGCUCAUGGGCCGGGCGCUGCUCCUGCGCGAGGAGAUCCUGCCGCAGUACACGGGCGGUGAAGGCCCAGGCACGGCGGUGGACCCGGCGCACGCGCAGGCUGCUGCCGAUUUUUGCGACGAUCUGGCGUCGCGGCUCGACGACGCACGCCUCGUGAUGGGCCGCAUGUUCGAGCGGCUCGACCCGCACGACUUCCUGGUCUUUCGGCGCUACUUUGAGGGGUGGCAGUCCUCGUCUGAGUUCUCGCGCUCGCACCUGCCCACCGGCCUCACCUUCUCGGGCGUCGAGGGCACCGCGGACGCGCUCACGUCGGUUGUGCUCGGCGGCAUCCCCGGCGCGAAUGCGGGGCAGCAGGGGAGCUGGCACGUCCUCGACGCGAUCCUCGGACUGACGCAUGAGGAGCCCUUCCUGCGAGAGCAGCGCCGCCUCAUGCCCGCCUCGCAGCGCCGCUUCGUCGAGCGCUUCACGGCCGAGCCCGCCGUCAGCCUCCGCGCCUUCUUCGACGCGCACCCCGCCCUCGACCGCGCGCCGUACACGCGCGCGGUCGCGUCGCUGCGUGCGUGGCGGCGCGAGCACAUCUCGCUCGCCGGGAUGUACCUCGUCUCGUUUGCCCGCGAGUUGGAGGGCGAUCCGGCGCGCGGGCCGGCAAGCAAGAGCCCGCUGCACGUCAAGGGCACCGGCGGCUCCGAGGCCAAGGGCGGCAAGGCAAAGGGCGGGUUUGUCAAGCUGCUGCAGUCGUACAUCCGCGAGACCGUCGACCCGCGCGCCGUCAAGGAGGCCCGGCCUUCGGGCGGCGCGAGCGAGAUGGCGUGCCCGCUCACCUCGGCGAAGCAGUACCUGCGCGGGCCAAAGUUCACAAGGCAGCAGUACGAUGAGGCGCGGCGGGCCAGGGCGCUGCCGGACAAGGAGGGCGCGCUCGUCAGGGCGUGGAGCGGCGACGGAGAUCAUGGCCCAGAGGGGGACGAGCUCGGCAUCUAG